UUUGUAUUUUCAAGAUUCAUCGUUACUGAUAUUAUAAAUGUAUUUUAUAAUACAUUAAUGUAACACAGGCACGCCAAGUAUUUGCUAUGAUUCUGUUGGUUAUUUUAUUCACUUUUUAUUUUGUGUAACUUUUAAAUGCAUUAAAAUUUUGUUACAUAUAAUUUUUCUAUAAUUAGAUUGAUAACAUUGCAUGUUCAUGUUUACGCAUAAGAUUUUUGAACACUAUAUUAGAAAAUUAUAUUAUUAAAUAUAACAUUUUAACAAUAGUGUAAUGAUAAAUAAAAAAUUUCUUAAACUGUAUAAAUAUUUAUUCUUAUAUUUGGUCCAUUUUCUUAAUAUCAUUAUUUUUAAAGAAAGUAGAAAGAAAUCAAUUCUUUGUAGUGUCAAAUUAAAAUAAUACAAAAAUUCUUUUCUGAGAGUGUUUUUAGACACAAACAUUUGGUGCAUUUUUUACCUUAAAAAAAGUAAUUUUGUUAAGAUUUAUUUUUACAUAAAACUGAACAAUGUAUAGUUUACAUUAUAAUAAACUACACAAUGUAUAAUUAUUGAAAAUUAAAUAUUAAAAGACAUUUAAAAUGAUUGUUUGCUUAUUACGUUACGAUCUUGUUGAAUCUUAAUAAGUUAAUAUAAAUUUAACUUGCACACGGAAGUCUAGUGCCGGCUUUUAAAUCGACGUUUUUUUUAUUUUUUGGAAAAGAUAUUUUUUUUUAUUUAUUUUUUUCCAAAAAAUUUUCUUUUUUAUAAUUGUACUAUCAAGUAUGAAGGUACUUUGCAUUUAUAUUAUUUGUAGACUUCUGGACGAGACAAAUAAUACGGGAGUAUUCUUCGUGUAUAUUUUACGAAACGCGUCGCUGUUGAGAGACGUGUUAUUGCUGCUUACGCAUUUUGAUUCUAUUUUCCAGCCUGGAAAAUACACUGGAGUAGCUGGCGAGUCUUACGAUAUUUAGCGCAGCUGGCGCAACGAUCGUGCCGCGCCAUGGCGGACCAGCGUUCAACAGGCUGAUAUUUAUAGACGAGGAAUUAUUGGCGGAGGUUUCUUACGAAUCUACAAAAUGCUGUGCUAGGCUUCAAUAACCAGUUUCUAUGUUCAUUCCGGCAUCCGCUUGAUGGCUGUCGGAUCCGAUUUGACAAAUACGAUGACGUGAUGAUGUGAUAUCGCGACCAAGACGACGAUGAUGACGACAACGAGGAUAACGGUAUUCUCGGGCGUACAGCAUGCAGUAAGCGUCGCGUCUCGGCUGAUUCCGCCGGGAAAAUCACGAGAAUUCUAAUGUAAGAUCCGAGACCAGCUGUGCGUUGCUCAUUCGAGUCUCGCCCGAGUCAUUGGAUCGAGUUGUCAGUCCCGUCGGAGUAGCGUGUUCCGAUCUCUCUGACCGUUUAGUGUUGUGUUUUUGGUAUCAUCAUCGUUCGUUAUCGCGGCAAAUCGAGUCGAGAAUGCCAAUCGUAACGACUACGUCAACCACAAAGCUGUGAAUUCAUUAUUCACCGUUCAUUUGUGGCGACGGAAGGAAGGAGAAACAGAAGAAAAAAGAAAAGGAAUGAUACUCUUUGCCGCAUUUUUUCAUGAGUGGCGUGUGAUAAUAGCUCUCGAAAUCGGGAAGACAUGUCGUUCGAUAUAUAGGUAGUUACAUGCAUGAAGAGUUUGUGAUACAGAAUGUUUCUCGUCGGAAAUGUGAUUCCUGUUGGCAAACGAGGCGAUUGUUAUUAUCAUUAUUAUAUUGUACUUUUAUCAUUAUAUGUAUAUGACUUAAUAUGUGUAUAAAGAAGAAGAGAAUGAUAAGAAAUAGAACAGAAAGAACUUUCUACUAAAUAGACUAUAAUUAAAAAAUGUGCGUAUGAGGUGCAAGUACACAAUUGUGAAAAUAUAAAUUAUUGAUUGAAUAAUGACUUCGAACGUGACGAUGUUAUCAUCGAUGCAAGGGAUAAUAAAGUAAAGUUAAAUCGGGCCAUCGGUGAAAUUUUGGAAAAUGAUGUUCACUGGUGGCUCGCAUGCGAAGAGGAGAAACGCUGGCGGCGGCAGUGGGUCGAGCUACUCUGGAAGAAAAUCCUCCAUGGAUCAUCGAAAUCUUCCAGCACGCAGUAUCGGAGCCGAAGGAUACACCUAUAGGACAAGAGUGCCGAUAUUAAAUCUCACGGAAUUACCACCAACGACUUCGACGCAGGGUAAAACAUACAUUUAUAGAACCAGAAAUCCGCGGAGGGAUUCUAUGGAACCGACGAUGUCAACAUCUUUGCCAUCACGAGAAAACAACAUUGGACGUGCUAUAACAAAAAGAAGGGGUGCUGUUAAACAUAACAAAGUGCACAUUGUACGGGGCCACAAACUUGUAGCCAAGUUUUUUCGACAACCGACAUUCUGUGCAUUCUGUAAAGACUUCUUAUGGUAA